AUUGUGGUUUUCAGAUGGCCCGUACCAAGCAAACUGCUCGUAAGUCUACUGGAGGAAAGGCUCCUAGGAAGCAACUUGCCACAAAGGCUGCACGUAAGUCUGCUCCUACCACUGGUGGUGUUAAGAAGCCACACAGAUACCGUCCUGGUACUGUUGCUCUUCGUGAGAUUCGUAAGUACCAAAAGAGUACUGAGCUCUUGAUCAGGAAGCUUCCAUUCCAGAGGCUUGUCCGUGAAAUUGCCCAGGACUUUAAGACUGAUCUCCGUUUCCAGAGUCAUGCGGUGCUGGCUCUGCAAGAGGCUGCUGAGGCCUAUUUGGUGGGUCUCUUUGAAGACACUAACCUUUGCGCAAUUCACGCCAAGCGCGUAACUAUUAUGCCAAAGGACAUUCAGCUCGCCAGGCGAAUCCGGGGGGAGCGUGCUUAGUUUGAUUGCUGAAGUAGUAGCUCUGUUGGUCGUAUUUUUACUGUUUUCUUGUUAGACAAAGACAAUUAAGGAAGUUGGUAGUA